AUGAAGAAAGAAACUAAACAGUUGGCACCGAAGAACAACAACUCUAAAAGUAGACAAAGUGGCACCGUUUGCACCUACUCAAGGAACUAUGUAGGCAUCGUUCUUAAUGAUAUUUACACCGAAAACUUUAUGAAAGAUAUUGUCACCCUACUCGAUGUUCACUUUGUAACAUUUCAAGGCCGCAGAGCUAUAAGUGGUUUCUUUCAAUAUAAUCAAGUCAUACCGAAUAUGUAUAUGAAAUUUACUUUGAAUUUUGAAAAACCCGAUAAGACUCGUUUUGAGGUAUUGGAUUUAAUGAUAGAUGUUUGUAGCUUUCUCAAUGGUACUUACAAUAGAUUGAAGAUACCCAAAUUAGUAUUCACUGAACUGAGUAAACAAAAGGGUUUUCCCAAAAAGUGUCCCAUCGAAGCGAAUAUAACUUAUACUUUGGAAAAUUAUGAAUUUGAAGUCCCACAAUUUCCUUUGCCUAAUCUAAAGUUUAUUGCCGCCGUUACACUGUACAAAUCUGAUAAGAAACAUAAAGUUAUUUAUAUAGGUGUGAAGGGUGCCACAAAACGUUCUCGCAGUUGA